AUGGCCUUUCGGCCAGCUGGGCCGCCUGAGUCACAUCAGUGGGAAGCAGAGAUCCAGGGAACACCAACAAGCUUUGUCAUCACAGACUUUGGUUCCGAACUGUUCUUCUUGAUCACCCAGAAUGCGAAGAUCGGCUCAUUGAUCCAGGCGACUGCCUCAGCGCCGAACUCUGGAGACGCCGCGGAUCUCGGAGGCCUUGCGCGCGGCGAGCGCACCUACGACGUCCAAGUGCUUUUUGGCGAUCGCCGCCAAGAGCAUUACAGAGCCAUCGCCCGAUCCCUCAUUGAAGUUGUAGCGCAGAAGUCGUCCAAGCCGAUCCUGCUAGGGAUCCAGCUGAAAGAGCACAACGUGGACAUCUUCAG